AUGGCAGUGGCAGCUGGCAACAAACGGGCGCCUGCUGUACCAUUGGAGUUUUCGGGCCUUGGCUUUGCUGCUCAGGGGUCGGUCAUACAGCGGCUACUGCUACGCUGGUCGCAAGCCCGUCUGGAAAUUCCACAUGGUCGGCCUAUGUCAAUUGUUUCUGAAGCCAAAUACACUCUGCUCUUGCAUUUCCUGCCUGGAUAUGCAUCCUCGCCAGUCGGACCACUCAUCAGUGUCGUCUUCGCCUGCCAGCUGGCAACCCGACCCAAACAACUGGGCAGCUGGCGAACAAACAGGGAUCCAGGAACGCCCAGGCACAAAGCCAUGCGCGGCUCCACCCACAUCACAUUGUUGGCGCCACCAACGACUCUGGUUGGCUGCAACGGCCAGGGCGAAGGACUUGGCCUGGUGCGACGACACCCAGUCCCAACGAGGUCACUCCCAGGUACACUGGGCAGCGCCAAGGUCACACUCAGAGACCAAACUAACCAGCUCACGGUUAGCUCUGCAAAAUGA